GGCAAAAUGAUCAGGUGUUUGAUUUUGAUAUCCCUGUUGGUCCAAGCCUCUUUGGCACAAUCCGACGGUGUUGAACCUGCAAAGCCUGCGGCUGCUCCAAGGAAAUGGCCAACCUUAAGCGGAUACCCGCCCCUUGUGAUCGCGCGAGGAGGAUUCUCGGGACUUUUCCCUGAAUCGACGGCACUUGCAAACGACAUGGCCUUGCAAUUACGGUACACGGAUGUGGCUUUGUUAUGCAACCUGCAGCUGACGAGAGACAGCGUCGGCAUAUGCGUGACGGAUAUCAGGCUCGAUAACUCGACAAACAUCGCGGAGCUCUUCCCCAAAGAUUCCAAGACCUACAAUAUCAAUGGACAUGAUGUUAAGGGUUGGUUUGCCAAGGAUUUCGCAUCUCAAGUUAUACUGAACAACGUCUCAAUGAUUCAAAGUGUGUUGUCUCGACCGAGUGCGUUCGACAAUCAACUUCCGGUAGGGACCAUUUAUGAAGUCAGAGAAGCUAAACCAGAAUUCUUUUGGUUGAAUGUCCAGUAUGAUGCUUUCUAUACUGCAAACAAACUCAGUAUGUCAAAUUAUAUUGAAAAGACCAUAGGAUUUAAGGGCAUAAAUUACAUUUCGUCUCCUGAGAUUGGUUUCUUGAGGAAUAUGAAGAAGAGGGCUCCCAAGGAGAUAAGUUUCAUCUUCGUGUGCCUCGGACAGGAUGUGGUCGAACCGACCGAGAACAAGAAAUAUAGCGACAUAUUGAAGGAUCUUAAUGCCAUCAAAGCCUUUGCAACCGGGAUUAUGGUUCCCAAAGAGUUCAUAUGGCCUGUUGGUGAAAAUAACUACUUGCAUAAACCAACUACCCUUGUGACCGAUGCUCACAAGGCUGGCCUUGAAGUGUAUGCUUCUGGUUUGUCAAAUGAUCAAAUGAUAAGUCACAAUUAUAGUUACGACCCGACGGCCGAGAUCUUGAAUUACGUUAACUAUCCGGAAUUCACGGUCGAUGGGUUGGUUACAGAUUUCUCCCCUAUAGCAUCAAACGCCAUCGCAUGCUUUGCAACUAACGAAACCAAAAAGGAAAAGCAAUUGAAAACUUUGAUUAUAACUCACAAUGGAGCGAGUGGGGUGUAUCCCGGUUGCACCGAUCUGGCUUAUGAGCGGGCAGUAAACGAUGGAGCUGAUAUUAUAGAUUGCUCGGUCCAAUUGUCGAAAGAUGGAGUCGCCUUCUGUUCAGAUUCAGCUGAUCUGACAGGGGAUACUACUGCAAUGCCUACCUUCAUGUCCAAAUCUUCCUUAGUUCCUGAAGUUCAAAAGGAUAAAGGAGUUUUCUCGUUCGAUCUUACGUGGGCCGAGAUCCAGACCUUGAAACCUCAAAUGUACAGCCCUUUUGGACAAAGGACCGGCUACUACAGAAACCCUGCGGCCAAAAACAAAGGAAAAUUCAUGACUCUAAAUGACUUUUUGGAGUUUGCCAAGACAAAAGAAGUUGAAGGAGUUCUAAUCAACAUAGAAAAUGCUGCUUACUUAGCAUCAAAGAAGGGUCUUGACAUUAUAGAUACAGUGAACAAAGCAUUGAAGAAUGCAAGCUUAGACAAAGUAAAAGUCAUGAUCCAAUCAGAUAACAGUUCGGUACUAAAGAAAUACUCGAGUGAUCUUGGUUACAAAAGAUUGUUACAUUUGAAGAAUCCGAUCAGCAAGGUCGCUAAAUCGGUACCCGAAGAGAUCAAGAAAUUUGCAGAUGCAGUUGUUGUACCAAGACCUUCCUUGAUAGAAAUAAAUGAAGGUGGCUUCACCAAGGCUACAACAAACGUUCUCAAGGAGAUGCAUGACGUGAACGUCUCGGUUUACGUCUCGGUCAUGAGGAAUGAAUUUGUCGCGAUCCCAUUCGAUUUCUAUGCGGAUCCAACCAUGGAGCUUGCCACUUACAAUGUAGAAUUAAACGUUGAUGGGUUCGUAACAGAGUUCCCUGCAACAGCCAGCAGAUAUUUGAGGAGUUCGUGUGUCGAUAUGAAUGCAGACGUUGCCAUCUUACCAGCUAAAGUAGGUGCAUUGCUUCAGGAAAUUCCUGAAAACACACUGCCAGCAGUUCAACAACCAAGUCAGCCACUUGAUGUUAAAGAUCUUGCUUCCCCUCCAAUACCGCCGGUUAAAGCUCCAACAGCCGGCGGAUCUAAUUCGCCACCGGGUCCCCCCGGUGCACCUGCGCCGGCUCCUUCAAGCAUGGCGAUCCCGGCAAGUUUGAUGUUUGUGUAGCAGCAUUUAUGGCACUCGGCUUACUACUCUCAAUGUAGCACUCAACUUUAUAAACUAUAACGGCAUGAUUGAUCUAUUUCUCAUAUUUUGUACCAUUCUGAUCCUAACAGAUGCAUUUAUAUGGAAUUUAUGUACAUGUAC